GCGCAUUUGCUGUUCCGCCAAUAAAGCCUGAAGCCACAAGGGGGCGGUGGUGCGUCCCGGGCCAUUUUCUCAGACACUAUUUAAUGCAGCGAAGAAGACGAAUCAAAGACGUAGCUGUUGCGUGUUGCUGCUAACUGAUGCUAGUGAGGCGAGAAUUGGUGUAGGCCCAACAAGAAAGACACACCAUGGCAGCACCAGUGCCUGUGCUCCGCUUACCAAAAGGGCCAGACCCCAACAGCCGUGGAUUCGACCCCAGCUCCCCUCGCUUCAUAGCCCUCUGUCGCACCUCCAUACCCACGUCAGCUGCACCAGAGGCAGACGCUGAGGAGCUGCAGAGAGAGCAGCAAGUGCGAUCUGAGCUCCGAGAGAAUUUCCUCUGGUGUCUCCAUGCCAUGACCAACAAGAAGGUUCAGUUCCACAUGCAUGAGAAGGUGAAAGUGGAAGCCACGUUUGGAGCAUCCGACAUUGAUGUGCUGAACUUUCAGGUGUCAGACUUGCAGACUCCUAUCGGGGUGCAGAAAGAGGCCCUGAUCAGGUCUCAGGAUGUGAUUUCCUUGUCUUUUGACAUGUGAUCAUAUUUAUUUACUUAUUUGUUUUCUGCCACUGAGGCGCAAACCUUUUGGAGCCUUAUUUGUUGUUGUGAAUGGGCUGUUUUCACACGUUGACAUAUAUUAUAAAAUUUGUUAUAUUUUUGCACA